UCUGCUAUUCCACAUGGGGGGAAAAUGCCUCUGCUGAAGUUUCUCUAGCUCCAGUUUCGUGAAUAAAGAUCUGUGGCUUUGGAGUUACUCACAGCAGCUCUGUCACUACUGACUCAUCCAUCUGCUUCAGGAAAAUGUUUGCUGUCCACUUGCUAGCUUUCCAUUUCACAAAGCUAAAAGAGGAUCAAAUAAAAAAGGUGGACAGGUUCCUGCACCAGCUGCGCCUCUCUGAUGAUGUCCUGCAGGAUGUGAGAGCUCGUUUCCAGGCUGAGAUGCUGAAGGGGCUGGCCAGGGACACCAACCCCACGGCAGCAGUGAAGAUGCUGCCCUCGUUCGUGCGCUCGCUGCCCGAUGGCUCAGAGAAGGGGGAGUUCCUUGCUGUGGACCUGGGGGGCUCCCAGUUCCGUGCCCACCAGGUGAAGGUGUUUGAUGAUGGGAAGCAGAGCAGCCAGCUGGAGAGCAAGUUCUACCCCACACCCAAGGAGGUCACCCAGGGCAAUGGAGCUGAGCUCUUUGAUUACAUUGCUGACUGUCUGUCAGACUUCAUGGAGACCAAAAACCUGAAGCAGAAGAAGUUGCCUCUUGGCUUUACGUUUUCUUUUCCAUGCAAACAGACCAAGCUGGAUGAGGGGGUUCUCCUUGAGUGGACAAAGCACUUCAGGGUCCGAGGAGUCCAGGGCACAGACGUGGUCAGCUCCCUGCACAGGGCCCUCCAGAAGCACCAGGACAUAGAUGUUGAUGUUUUGGCACUGGUCAAUGACACAGUGGGAACCAUGAUGACUUGUGGAUAUGAUGACCAGCGCUGUGAAGUUGGACUCAUAAUUGGGACUGGCACCAAUGCCUGCUACAUGGAGGAGAUGAGGCACAUCAGCCUGGUGGAGGGGGAUGAGGGCAGGAUGUGCAUUAACACCGAGUGGGGCGCCUUCGGGGACGACGGUGCUUUGGAUGAUCUCCGCACGGAGUUCGAUCGGGAGCUGGAUCUGGGAUCUCUCAACCCUGGAAAACAGCUGUUUGAGAAGAUGAUCAGCAGCCUGUAUUUGGGGGAACUUGUGAGACUCAUUCUCCUUAAAAUGACAAAGGAAGGUCUGCUCUUCAAUGGAAAAGUGUCAACAGCUCUGCUUACUAAGGGCAAGAUUGAAAUGAAACACGUGUCUGCAAUGGAAAAGUACAAGGAAGGCCUGAGCAACACAAGAGAGAUCCUUACAGAGCUGAAGCUGUUUCCCUCUGAGGAGGACUGUGUUGCUGUUCAGCACGUCUGCACCAUCGUCUCCUUCCGCUCGGCCAACCUGUGCGCCGCCGCCCUGGCAGCCAUCCUGACCCGCCUCAGGGACAACAAAAAGCUGCUGAGGAUGAGAACCACCGUGGGGAUUGAUGGGGGACUCUACAAAACACACCCCAAGUACGCCAAGCGCCUGCACAAGGUGGUGAGGAGGCUGGUGCCCACGUGUGACGUGCGGUUCCUGCUGUCGCAGAGCGGCAGCGGCCGCGGGGCCGCCAUGGUCACGGCGGUGGCACACAGGCUGGCAGCCCAGCGCCGGCGCCUCGAUGCCGCCCUCGCCCCCUUCCUGCUGCCCCCCAGCAUCCUGCAGGAGGUGAGGGACAGCAUGAGGGCUGAGCUGGAGUAUGGGCUGAAGAGGGAGACGCAAGCCCAGGCCACGGUGAAGAUGCUGCCCACGUACGUGUGUGGGAUGCCGGAUGGAACAGAGAAAGGAAAGUUCCUUGCCCUUGACCUUGGUGGCACAAAUUUCAGGGUUCUGCUGGUCAAAAUCAAAAGUGGGAGAAGAAGAUCAGUGCAAAUGUAUAACAAAAUCUUUGCCAUUCCUUUGGAGAUCAUGCAAGGGACAGGAGAAGAGCUCUUUGACCAUAUUGUCCAGUGCAUAGCAGAAUUUCUGGAGUAUAUGGGGAUAAAAGGUGCCCGGCUUCCUCUGGGUUUCACCUUCUCCUUCCCCUGCAGGCAAACCAGCAUUGACAAGGGAACACUUGUGGGAUGGACAAAAGGAUUCAAGGCAACAGACUGUGAGGGGGAAGAUGUUGUUGAUAUGCUAAGAGAGGCCAUCAGGAGAAGAAAUGAGUUUGACUUGGACAUUGUAGCAGUGGUGAAUGACACUGUUGGGACCAUGAUGACUUGUGGCUAUGAGGAUCCAAACUGUGAGAUUGGCCUUAUUGCAGGAACAGGCACCAAUGUUUGCUACAUGGAGGACAUGAAAAACAUAGAAAUAGUGGAAGGGAAUGAAGGAAAAAUGUGCAUUAAUACAGAAUGGGGAGCAUUUGGUGACAAUGGCUGCAUUGACCACAUCAGGACAAAAUAUGACAGAGAAGUAGAUGAAGGCUCCCUAAACCCAGGGAAACAGAGGUAUGAAAAAAUGACCAGUGGAAUGUACCUAGGUGAAAUAGUGAGGCAAAUUUUGAUUGACUUAACCAAACAAGGACUGCUGUUCAGAGGACACAUUUCGGAAUCACUCAGGAAAAGAGGCAUAUUUGAAACAAAAUUCCUGUCUCAGAUUGAGAGUGACCGGCUGGCCCUGCUGCAGGUGCGGCGCAUCCUGCAGCAGCUGGGGCUGGACAGCACCUGUGAGGACAGCAUCAUCGUCAAGGAGGUGUGUGCAGCUGUGUCCACAAGGGCUGCCCGGCUCUGUGGGGCAGGGCUGGCUGCUGUUGUGGAGAAGAAGAGGCAGAACCGAGCUGUGGAGCGCCUGCAGGUCACUGUUGGAGUGGAUGGGACGCUCUACAAGCUCCAUCCACAUUUUUCUAGGAUCCUGCAGGAAACAGUGAAGGAGCUGGCCCCUCAGUGUGAUGUGACUUUCAUGCUUUCUGAAGAUGGGAGUGGGAAGGGAGCUGCCCUCAUUACUGCAGUUGCAAAAAGAUUGCACAAUGUUGGACAGAAGUAGAAAUGAGAGGUCAAAGUAACCUCAGCCCUGGCAGGCGUGUGCAGCAGGGGUUUGCUGGGGGGGAUUCCACACAGCUUUGCCUACACCAGCUCACAGGUGGCUUUUACUGGGGGAGCAGCUGGUUUUGACCAGCCAGGAUUGUGGGUUUUUGGUAACUUGGGUCUGGUGUUUCUGCUCCCCACUGGAAUCAUGCCUUGGCAUGGCACGGCCUACUCAGUUCUGUACUUCCUGCAAUGCAUCUCCAAUGUACGUGGGAGAGUGAAAACAAAACAAACAAAAUCAACCCAAAUUUGUCUUUUUACAAUAUCUUAAUUAAGCUUCUGCACCAGAAAUGAGUUUAUCACCAGUUUCUUAGGAUUUGUGUGCUUAGUUUUGUCUUGUCCUGGCUCAAAGAAUAUUGAGAUUCUGAUGUUGCAUCUUAUCUAGUGGACGUAUUUGUUCAAUGCUUCACAGAUUUUACAAUAAAUUUGGAGGUGAAUUAAAUGAAUGGACUGUGGUCAGUGAUGCUCCCCCUGCUGCUGCACUAGUUGCAAGAGUAAUGCAAUACUUCCCUGAGGACAGGAUGCAUGUUUAAUUGAUGAAUGUAAAGGAAAAAAAAAAGUGAUUGCACAGAAGAUCAAUUUGUGACUCAGCUGCACUGACAUAUUUUGACACAUAAAGCUAAACCAAUGCUGCAUGGAUUCUGACUGUGACUGAUUCUUUGGAUCCUGAAGGAAACAGAGAAUGUGGGAGGAGCUACAGAGUCUGCAAUGUCUGUGUCAGGGCUACACAGAGGGUUUCAAACAGGCCACCAAAAUAGUGUGUAGAGGGAAAAAAAAUCACCUACAUUUCUGAAAGUCUCCUCUUUGUUUUCCCUCUGUUAUCUUCUUGCAUGUUCCUGGGAGAAUUGUUUCCAUUUUGUGCAAAGGAAGUUUGUCCUUGGUUUUCAUUUUCUGUUGCCUGCUGCUCUGCCUGUUUGUAAAUAAAUCUGUGUUGUUGUGA